AUGAGAGGCCGGGCAUGAAGUGCAACCCCGUCCAAUGAUUAUGCAGGAGCAGAGGUGAUAAUGACUUCCUAUCAAGAGUUAACGGCCGAAGGGGAGAGGAGCCCUCUGUUCACGGGCUGCUGCCGAGCAAAAGAGGUCAUAAACCGGGACCUGGACGGCAGGACUCAUCUUGAACUCUGCAGUCGUGACGAGGAGGGGAAACUGGAGGUGGAAGUGGGAUUUUAUACUCCGCGUCCUCGCUACUUAACUCUCUCCAACAGUUUGACUCUCUGCACCUCUUUGGACAGCCCUCCUCCUCCUACCACACCGACUCUCGAGGGCUUCUCCACACCGGCCUGCCCCCACUCGUCCCGUGUCCCCUGGCGGUGCAGGGCGCAGGGGCAGGGCUCUCCAGGACGCGGAAACGGCGUGUCAAAUACAAACGAAACGCUGCAAUCCGGGUUUGGCUCACAAAUCUACUCUAAUGGCCCCGAGAUUCACGUCGCCAUGGGGAGUUCAGCUGGCUCGGACUGUAACGGGGCUCAAAUGGAUGUAAGCAGGAAAACUUUUGAGUGGAUGAAAGUGAAGAGGAGUCACCACCGGGCGGCCAGGAUGCACAUGACCUGUGGGUUCAGUGUCGUUGGCUCGGACCUCGGUGCUGUGGAGGCUGCAAGCAGCAGCAGCAUCUGCACGGAUUGUCCUCCCACGGCGAACGGGGCCCCGAGGACCAGCUUCAGCACCAAGCAGCUGACCGAGCUGGAGAAGGAGUUCCACUUCAACAAGUACCUGACGCGGGCCAGGCGGGUGGAGGUCGCCAGCGCCCUGCAGCUCAGCGAGACGCAGGUGAAAGUUUGGUUUCAGAACAGACGCAUGAAGCAAAAGAAAUUACAGAGAGACGGGCUGCUCUCCGACCCGAGCCCCGCGGCUUCGCGCUCACACGCGGACACUUUGGACACCUGCCCCUCUCCUGGACCGACCUGUCCAAAACACCUGCCUCUGAACUCCUGAACCGCGGGAGUUGCAUGACGCAAGGGCGCCCGCCUGCAGAUGUUUUGAUUCGCGUUUGCAUCAGUUUCAAUCAGCCCUCACCUUUAUUUGCUUACCACGAUGGAUGCUUAUCGCAAAGAAACGCAAUGGCAAGUUUCUUCAUGCAAGAACGGGUCAAAACAAUUUGUCAUCCUCCCCCGGCUUCAGACUGGCGCUCUGAUUUGAAUAUUAAAAUUCAAGUCAUUGCAUCGCGCUCCUUUCUACACAAUGGAAACGAAGAAACAAAAUUAUAUUAAUUGUCCAUAGAAACUAUGGAAGACGAUUUGUUUAUUUAUUUUGUACAAUUUAUCCUGGAAACGACUGAAUAUAUUUAUUCAACAGGACAUGUGGCUCCUAGUUAUGUUUAAAAUAAGAAUUAUUUUUAAUUAUCUAAAGUCUUCAUUGAUAAUGCUUAUUCUAUUGACAG